GUGUUGUGGGGACCGUCCGUUGUUUUGUUAUUUGUUAUUUCUUUUUAUGCAGUGAAGUCGUUAAAGUUAGAUAAUCUUCGGAACCAUUCGUCAACGACAUUAAGUGAGGAGUGAUAGAUUUACUGUAUUUUUAAAACAAAAGUGCUACUUGAAUCGUGCUCACCAUGGUUGCACCGAAGGAACCUGCACAAAAGCUACGCUACGACGGACGUGUCGUGGUGGUGACCGGAGCAGGCGCUGGAUUGGGUCGCGAGUACGCACUGCUAUUCGCAUCGCGGGGUGCAAAGGUCGUUGUGAAUGACCUGGGCGGCAAUUUCAAUGGGCAGGGCAAAUCGAACGCAGCGGACAAGGUGGUGGAAGAGAUCCGGGCCGCCGGUGGUGUUGCCGUACCGGACUACAACUCGGUCGUGGAGGGCGAUAAGAUCGUCCAGACGGCGCUGGAAAACUUUGGACGCAUCGAUGUGCUGGUGAACAAUGCGGGAAUACUGCGCGAUCGUAGCCUGGCGCGCAUUUCCGACGAAGAUUGGAAUUUGAUCCACGAUGUGCAUUUGAAGGGUAGCUUCCUCACGACCCGUGCGGCCUGGCCGGUGAUGAAGAAGCAAAACUAUGGACGCAUCAUAAUGACGUCGAGCAAUUCGGGUGUUUAUGGUAACUUCGGUCAGGCGAACUACAGUGCGGCUAAGCUAGGCUUGGUUGGUUUGGCCAACACUGUUGCUAUCGAGGGUGCAAAGAACAAUAUCCACUGCAACGUGAUCGUACCUACGGCGGCCUCUCGCAUGACCGAGGGCAUUUUACCGGAGAUUCUGUUCAAUGAGCUUAAACCGAAACUGAUUGCUCCGGUGGUGGCGUACCUUUGCCACGAAUCGUGCGAUGACACGGGAGCCAUCAUCGAAAGUGCGGCCGGUUGGGCGACAAAGGUACACUUUGUGCGCGGCAGAGGCUGUGUGCUGCGUACCGCCAUCGACGAAGAUGUUUCACCCGAAUACGUGGAAAAGGUGUGGAAUCGUGUCACGGACAUGUCCGAGGCGCGUCACCUCAAUGCAAUCGGCGAAGCGAGCCUAAGCCUGGUGGGUGUGUUGGAAAAGUUGCGCGAUGGCAAAAACAACGAAAACUCUGUCACCGAAACAUUCCGCUACGGGUUUAAAGACGUCAUUCUGUACGCACUCGGUGUUGGUGCGACCGUAACCGAUCCAACCGACUUAAAGUUCCUGUACGAAAACAAUCCGGAGUUUGGCGUGUUGCCAACGUUUUUCGUCCUUCCCGGGCUGCUGGCCGUAAUGGGAUCUAGCUUGACCGCUUCUGCUAUUACACACACCACAUUUGACCUAACGAAUAUUCUCCAUGGCGAGCAAUAUCUGGAGCUGUUCGAAGCUCCCCCAACGGAGGGCGUCCUAACGACCACCUCUACCGUGCUGGACGUGGUGGAUAAAAAAUCUGGCGCAUUAGUUAUCACUCAGUCCGACUCGUACGACGAGCAGGGCACUCUAAUUGCACGCAAUCAAAGCUCCACGUUCGUUGUCGGUGCGGGUAACUUCAACGGCAAAACGAAGGCAGGCCCCGAGGUGAAACCGCUCGUACCAAACCCGAAACGUUCGCCGGAUGCUUCCGUAGAAGUGCCGACAAACAAAGACCAGGCAGCCGUGUAUAGGUUGUCGGGUGAUUUGAACCCUAUGCAUAUCGAUCCAAGCUUUUCGGCUAUUGCCGGAUAUAAGGUGCCGAUUCUGCACGGACUGUGUACGAUGGGUGUCUCGGUGAAGGCAGUGCUGAAGCAGUUCGGCGGUGAUGAUCCCAGCCUCUUCCGAGCGGCCAAGGUGCGCUUCUCCAAACCGGUGUUGCCGGGUCAAACGCUGCGUGUCGACAUGUGGAAGGAACCGAACAAUCGGGUUUGCUUCCGUACAGUAGUGGUCGAAACGAAUGCGGAGGUGCUAUCGGGUGCGUACGUGGACUUCAAGCAGAUCAUCAUCAAACCGAACAUGACUGCCUCCGUUGACCUACAGAGCGAUGCCGUUUUCGCCGGUAUCAAGGACCGCGUGGCUGAGAACGAAGCCAAGGCGAAGGCUAUCAAUGCGGUCUUCUUGUACAAAAUCACCAGCGGUGGCAAGGUGGCCAAGGAGUGGGUGCUUGAUCUAAAGAACGCGAAAGUAUACGAAGGGCCGGUACAGGGCAAAGCCGACACGACCAUGACGAUAGCCGAUGGGGAUAUGCUCGAGCUGGCACUCGGCAAACUGCAGCCCCAGACUGCAUUCAUGAAGGGCAAGCUGAAGAUCACCGGUAACAUUAUGCUGGCGCAGAAAUUGGCACCGUUGCUGAAGACGGAAGCGAAACUGUAAAGCGGCACCUUCUUAACUCCGCGUUCGAGGGGCUAUUGCUUCUGAUGAGUGUUGAGAGGAGUACCGGAUCGAUUACGAUCCGGUCGCGUACAUACAUUUCCAAAGUUAAACAUUGUUCUAUUUUAAAGUGAAUACACCACACAAACAUGGGUGCGUACUCUAGCAAAGGAAUUAUAAUUUGGUCUAUAUCAACAACAGAACAGAAUAGUGGAGUGGGUUUCUUACCGCCACGACGAAGAUUAGAAUGACGUGCGGGGCAUGACUGGGCAUAAUUUUCUACAUCGUUUAAACCCUCCUUUCUUUAUAAAUCAAUACUGAUAAGCCGGUAAGAUUCGUUGGCAUGCACAAGCAGGACGGCAACGUACUAAAGUAUUUUUCAUUUCACAUUUUGGGGUUUUAAUUGUUUUAAACUGUUUUCGCUAGUUCCGUGAUUCUGUGACUGUAUGUACUGUACGCUUUAUGUAACUCUGUUAUUAUUACGACUCUACACAUCAUGAUGAUGGCAUGUUAAAUCAUAAAUUCGCUAAAUCCGGGGAUAUGGGCAAUAAAACGGAAGGAAAAUAAAUAUUUUUACAAAACGAUA